AGCGUCCGCGAGGCACUGGGGCGACGGGGCAGGUGUAUCCGGGCUAACUUUACCGAGUCUGUUUUUGAGGGAAGAGGUUGUGAGGACCGUAUCUUCCGGGACGCGUUUCACGUGGGAAGGCGCUCCACGCCCGGAUGUCAGCAGCCGGCGCGUGAAGAGCCGCCGCGGGCGGGCGCGGGGCCUCUGGCCUGGCAGCCGCAGGACCCAGUGGGUCAGGCGCUCACGCUGUUCCCACUGCACGGCUUCAGUGCCUUGCCUGGCACCUCCUAUCCUGUAACUGGCCGACUCGGGGUCCCACCCAGGCUUCUCCAACGGCCGGGAAGGGGCUCUGCUUCCGGAAGUAUUUAGGAAGGGAGCCAGCGUAAAGCAGGAGUCCCUUCCUCCAAGCAUCGCUAAAGCCUUUUCUCCCCUGGCUGCCGAUUUCCUUUUCUUUGGAAAGGACGUCAGUUUUUUAGCUUGUUGAAACUGUUCAGAGAUGCGGUCUUGUGGGCAAAUCAAUGCCUGUUUAGCUGAGCUGUUAUUUUCAGCUAAGAAGUUCUUAAAGUUUUUCAAGAUCUAGGAGGGGGUGUAGGUUCGAAUUAUAAUGGACCCAGUGUAGCAAAACAUUUAUUCAUUUAAACGAUUGUGCAUGCUCAUUCAGACGCACUACCCGAGUGAGAUGAUGCCGUUCUGGGCUGCUUCAUCUUAAAGAGAGUCACUGUUUCUUCUGGCAACUUCUACCUGCCUUGGCUAUUGAGGUUUGUGAAUUGCACCUCUGGUUUAAUUUCAGGUCGAUGGCCAGGUGGUCUUCAUAAACUAUACUGCCUUGUGAUGCCUCCCUAGAAAUGAGAGGGAGUCUCGCUCAGUCACCCAGCCUGGAGUGCAGUGGCACAAUCUCGGCUCAUUGCGACCUCCGCCUCCCGGGUUCAAGCGAUUCUCCUGCCUCAGCCUCCCGAGUAGCUGGGACUACAGGCACGCACCAUCACGCCCGUAUUUUCAGUGGAGACGGUUUCACCACGUUGGCCAGGCUGGCCUCGAACUCCUGACCUCAGGUCUCAAUACCAGCUCAGACCAUGUGGACCGCGGAUGAGAUUGCUCAGCUGUGCUAUGAACACUAUGGGAUCAGGCUGCCCAAGAAGGGGAAGCCUGAGCCAAACCAUGAGUGGACGUUAUUGGCAGCCGUGGUGAAGAUACAAUCUCCAGCUGACAAGGCCUGCGACACCCCUGAUAAGCCGGUGCAAGUGACAAAGGAAGUUGUAUCAAUGGGAACAGGAACAAAAUGCAUAGGCCCGUCCAAAAUGAGGAAAAGCGGAGACAUCCUCAAUGAUAGCCAUGCUGAGGUCAUAGCCAGAAGGAGUUUCCAAAGGUACCUUCUCCACCAACUCCAGUUGGCAGCCAGCCUGAAAGAGGAUAGCAUCUUUGUCCCAGGAACUCAAAAAGGAGUGUGGAAACUUAGACGAGACCUCAUUUUUGUGUUUUUCUCCAGCCAUACACCCUGUGGGGAUGCCUCCAUCAUUCCGAUGCUUGAGUUUGAGGAUCAGCCUUGCUGUCCUGUCUUCAGAGAUUGGGCCAACAACUCAUCAGUAGAAGCCAGUAGUAACCUGGAAGCUCCUGGAAAUGAAAGAAAAUGUGAAGACCCUGACAGUCCUGUAACCAAAAAGAUGAGGCUUGAGCCUGGGACUGCGGCCAGGGAGGUCACCAACGGAGCAGCUCACCAUCAGAGUUUUGGCAAGCAGAAAAGUGGCCCAAUCUCACCAGGCAUCAACAGCUGUGAUCUCACUGUAGAGGGACUGGCUGCUGUCACCAGAAUGGCCCCUGGUAGUGCCAAAGUGAUAGACGUUUAUAGAACUGGAGCCAAGUGUGUACCUGGAGAAGGCGGAGACUCCCGGAAGCCUGGUGCUGCGUUUCACCAGGUGGGGCUGCUCCGAGUGAAGCCAGGCCGUGGAGACAGAACACGCUCCAUGUCCUGCAGUGACAAGAUGGCCCGAUGGAACGUCCUCGGAUGCCAAGGGGCACUGUUGAUGCACUUCCUGGAAGAGCCCAUCUACCUGUCAGCUGUGGUCAUUGGGAAGUGCCCAUACAGCCAGGAAGCCAUGCAGAGAGCACUGAUUGGAAGGUGUCAGAAUGUGUCUGCUUUACCAAAAGGCUUCGGAGUUCAAGAACUAAAAAUACUGCAGUCAGAUUUACUAUUUGAACAGAGCCGCUGUGCAGUGCAGGCAAAAAGGGCUGACAGCCCAGGUCGACUUGUUCCUUGUGGGGCAGCCAUCAGCUGGAGUGCAGUUCCUGAGCAGCCUUUGGAUGUUACUGCCAAUGGCUUUCCACAGGGAACAACAAAGAAAACAAUUGGAAGCCUUCAGGCAAGAUCCCAAAUCAGCAAAGUGGAACUCUUUAGAUCAUUCCAGAAGCUGCUAAGCAGAAUUGCAAGGGACAAGUGGCCACACUCCCUCAGGGUGCAGAAGCUGGAUACCUACCAGGAGUACAAGGAGGCUGCGUCCUCUUACCAGGAAGCCUGGAGCACACUCCGGAAGCAGGCAUUUGGAUCCUGGAUCAGAAACCCACCGGAUUAUCACCAGUUCAAGUGAGAAGGAAAUGUUUGCUCUGGUAGCAGGACCCUUCAUCCUGAACUGCCUUCCUCCACGUAGGACAAGUCUUAGCUUUUUUGGUAGUUAAAUCAGGGAACAUUCUUUCUGAGCAUUGCAUCUCUGUUGUGUAAUACAGAUUGAAUCUGGAACUUAGAGCAGGCUAUACUUGAUUGAAGUAGCUCUCUGCUAAAAUGGCAUCUCACUAAUGACCUCACUAUCUGACUUCCAUUGUGUUUUAUUGCUUCUCUAAAAUAUGAAAUCAGAAUUUGGAACAUGAUGCUUUCAAAGUACUCUGCAGCAGCUCUGUUUUAUGGGUUCCUACAUUGAUUCAGCAAAUAUUUAUUGAGCUGAAAUGAUGUUUGACACUCUGCAAGUUUUACAGCUUUGCCUAGCAUAGCGAACAUAUAUUUUGUAUUCCCAGCCUUUCUUUCUCCAGGGAGCCAUUCUUUUCCCAUUCUUCAGUGAUCCUGCUCUGUGCCUCAGACUUGGCUGAAGCUAACCUUACUCCCUGGCUCUAGGAAUAGCCUGUGAGGCAGCCCCGGACCGCCCUGGACUUGUUCUCAGAGGUAUCAGGAAAGGCUUUCUGUUUUGAUCUGGAGCUGUAAGGGUCACAUAAUCAUGGGACUGCCAGUGGCCAUCUUUUCCUACUACCUGGAGAAAGCCAGCAAAGAAUGAAGGCAACAAAGGAAACAGCCAAGAGGAUCAAGAUCUAGUAGCACUGUUUAGAUGUCUCAAUUAUGUGAGACAGAUUCCUAUUGUUAUUUUGAUUAAGCCUGUUUGUGUUGGUUUUCUGACUUACAAUUGAAAGAGUUCUGUCCAAAUAGCCAAAAGGUGGCCAGGCUUGGUGGCUCAGGCCUGUAAUCCCAGCACUUUGGGAGGCCCAGGCAGGCAGAUCACUUGAGGUCAGGAGUUCAAGACCAGCCUGGCCAACAUGGUGAAACCCUGUCUCUACUAAAAAUACAAAAACUAGCCGGGCGUGGUGGCAUGCGCCUAUAAUCCUAGCUACUCAGGAGGCUGAGGCAGGAGAAUUGCUUGAACCCUGGAGGCGGAGGUAGUGGUGAGCAAAGAUCGUACCGCUGCACUCCAGCCUGGGUGAUAGAGCAAGACCCUAUCUCAAAAAAAAAAAAAAAAAAAAAAAAAAAGAAGCCAAAAGGCCCUGCAGCAAAUCAGCAAUAGACCCAGCACCCAAUCCUGUUUUAACAUCGAAUUUUAACACUCAACUUCAGACCUUGAAUGAUUGACUGAAAAUAGAAGCUCCCAUGUUGGGGUUACUCAAGGUCCUUAUUGGUUCUUCAGCAUUUUGUGGCUAUAAAUAUUUUUAAAUAACAGUUGUAUUGAGAUACAAUUCACAGACCAUAAAAUUCACCCAACUAAAGUAUGCAAUUUAAAAGUUUUUAGGCCAGGCACGGUGGCUUACACCUGUAAUUCCAACACUUUGGGAGGCCGAGGCAGGCAGAUCACCUGAGGUCAGGAGUUCAAGACCAGCCUGGCCAACAUGAUGAAACCCCGUCUCUGCUAAAAAUACAAAAAUUAGCCGGGCAUGGUGAUGCACGCUUGUAGUCCCAGCUACUUGGGAGGCUGAGGCAGGAGAAUCACUUGAACCUGGGAGGCGGAGGUUGCAGUGAGUCAAGAUCACGCCACUGCACUCCAGCCUGGGUGACAGAGUGAGACUCUGUCUCAAAAAAAAAAAAAAAAAAAAAAAAGUUUUUAGUAUAUCCACAGAGUUGUGCAACCAUCAAUUUUAGAACAUUUUCAUCACAAAUUUUGUGCCUGUAAUAGUUUCCUAGAGCUGUUUCUUAACGAAGUACCACAAGCUGGGUGGCUUAAGACAACAGAAAUGUAUUCCUGGCAGGGUGCAGUGGCUCAUGCCUGUAGUCCCAACACUUUAGGAGGCCGAGGUGGGCAGAUCACGAGGUCAGGAAAUCAAGACCAUCCUGGCCAACAUGGUGAAACCCUGUCUCUACUAAAAAUACAAAAAUUAGCCAGGCGUAUUGGCGCACGCCUAUAGUCCCAGCUACUCAGGAGGCUGAGGCAGGAGAAUCCCUCAAACCCAGGAGAUGGAGGUUGCAGUGAGCCAAGAUCGUGCCACUGCACUCUAGCCUGGGUGACACAGCAAGACUCCGUCUCAAAAAAUAAAAAGAAAAGAAUGUAUCCCCUUUCAGUUCUGGAGGCUAUAAGUCCAAACAGGUUGUUGGUGGGGCUUCUGCUUCCUCUAAAAGCUUUAGGGCAGGGGCCCCCAGCCCCAGAGCCACACACCGUUACUUGUCUGUGGCCUGUUAGGAACCAGGUCACACAGCAGGAGGUAAGUAACAGGUGGGCACGCGAAGUUUCAUCUGUAUUUACGGCUGCCCCCCAUCACUCACAUUACUGCCUUAGCUCCUCCUCCUGUCAUACCAGCGGUGGCAUUAGAGUCUCACAGGAGCGAACCCUAGUGUGAACCGCACAUGCAAGGGAUCUAGGCUGCACACUCCUUAUGAGAGUCUAACGCCUGAUGAUCUGUCACUGUCUCCCAUCACCCCCAGAUGGGACUGUCUAGUUGCAGGAAAACAAGCUCAGGGCUCCUACUGAUUCUACCUUACGGUGAGUUGUAUAAUUAUUUCAUCAUGUAUUACGAUGUAAUAAUAAUAGAAAUACAGCACACAGUAAAUGUAAUUCACUUCAGUCAUCCCGAAACUAUCCCCCUAUCCCCACCCCUGGAUCUGUGGAAAAAUUGUCUUCCAUGAAACCAGUCCCUGGUGCCAAAAAGGUUGGGGACUGCUGCUCUAAGGAAGACUUUUUCGUGCCUCGGGGACUGCUGCUCUAAAGAAGACUCUUUCAUGCCUCCUCCUUAGCUUCUGAUGGCUCCUGGCAGUCCUUGGCUUGUGGCUGCAUCACUUCAGUUUCUCCCUCUGUCUUCACAUGGCCUUCCGUGUCUGUGUCUCACGUGGCCUUCUUCCCUGUGUCUGUGUCUUUCCAUGGCCUACUUAUGAGGACCCCAGUAAUUGGAUUUAGGGCCUGCUCUAAUCCAGUCUGAUUUCAUCUUAACUAACUAUAUCUGCAAAGACUCUAUUUCCAGCUAAAGUCACAUUCUGAGGUUUCAGGUAGACAUGAAGUUUUGGGGGACACCACUCAACCCAUUGCAGAACCCAUUAGCAGUCACUUCCCGUUCCUCAACCCCCCCUACCCCAGGGCAAUCAGUAAUCUACUUUCUGUCUCUUUGGAUUUGUCUAUUCUGAACAUUUCAUAUAAAUGGAAUCAUACAAUAUGUGGUCUUUUGUGACUGGCUUCUUUCACUUAACGUUUUCAAGAUUUAUGUUGUAGCAUGAAUCAGUACUUUAUUACUAUUUAUGGAAUAAAAAUCAGUUGUGUGGAUAUAAAUGUUUUGUUUAUCCAGUCAUCAGUUGUUGGACAUAUGGGUUGUUUUCACUUUUUGGCUCUUAUACAUCGGGUUUCUAUGAACAUUUGUGUACAAGUUUUUGUGUGAGUAUAUAUUCUUUUUUUGUUUUUUUUAGAUGGAGUCUCGCUCUGUUGCCCAGGCUGGAGUACAGUGGCACAAUCUUGGCUCACUGCAAGCUCCGCCUCCCGGGUUCAUGCCAUUCUCCUGCCUCAGCCUCCCGAGUAGCUGGGACUACAGGCGCCCACCACCACGACUGGCUAAUUUUUUGUAGAGACGGGGUUUCACCGUGUUAACCAGGAUUGUCUCAAUCUCUUGACCUCGUGAUCCGCCUGCCUCAGCCUCCCAAAGUUCUGGGAUUACAGGCGUGAGCCACCGCGCCCAACCUGUGAGCAUAUAUUCUUAAAAUGUUUUUUUAAUUACAGAAAUAAUACAUAUAUGUCAUAAGAAGUUAUCCUUGAAUUUUUUUCCAUAAGAAAUCCUUUUAGAUAGGAAAGAAAGAAGGCCAGGCACAGUGGCACCUGUAAUCCUAGCACUUUGGGAGGCCAAGGUGGGCGGAUAGCUUGAGGCCAGGAGUUCGAGACCAGCCUGGCCAACAUGGCGAAACCCCAUCUCUACUAAAAAUAUAAAAAUCAGCUGGGCGUGGUGGCACAUGCCUGUAGUCCCAGCUGCUUGGGGGACUGAGGCACGAGAAUCGCUUGAACCUGGGAGGCGGAGGUUUCAGUGAGCUGAGAUCGCGCCACUGCACUCAAACCUGGGCAACAAAGUGAGACUCUGUCUCAAAAAAAAAAGACAAUGACCAACAUGGAGAAACCCCGUCUCUACUAAAAAUACAAAAUUAGCUGGGCGUGGUUGUACCUGCCUGUAAUCCCAGCUACUCAGGAGACUGAGGCAGGAAAAUCGCUUGAACCCAGGAGGUGGAGGUUGUGGUGAGCCAAGAUUGUGCCAUUGCACUCCAGCCUGGGCAAUAAGAGUGAAACUCCGUCUCAAGAAAAAAAAAAAAAGCAAAAAUAUCACUACUUGAAGGCCAGGGUCUCCAAUAUUCUGCUUUAAUCAGUUUCUUUUGCCUGGCCCCAAAUCUUAUAUUAUGACAGCAGCUGGGACACCUGGGCUGGCAGGAGCUUUUAUCUAAAGGAUGAUGCAUCUCUCUCUUUUAUGAGAUCUUAUUUUAAAGGAUAAAGACUUAUAUUAAAGCAUAAAAGGAUAAUUUUUUAUGCCUAAAUUUUAUGUUAAAUUUGCACCCCCCAAAAAAACCAACAAAUUUAGACUUCAGAAUAGAGACUAGAAAAAAAACCUGAAGGCUAGAGACUAAAGGCAGCUUCACUUUGGACUGUUUACCUGUUUUCUCAAGAGCUAAAAGUAGGUGCUUAAACCAUCCUACAUUUUAUUUUAAUCUCUUAAAACCCAAGUUUAAAAUAUCAUCUGUGCCUUAAAAUCACAUCUCUGCAAUCUUGGCAGGCUCUCAGAUUUCAUACAUUUAUAAAAUGUGUUUUCACUGUUUUUUAUUUUUAACGGCAAGUGAAAGGAUUUUUAUUUUACUAAUGUUUCUUAACCUAUAUUUGGCUGAUAACUGCUUCUAAUUUUUAAAUACAUUUUCUUCUUUGAACUUGUUAUGGAAAUUUUUAAAUAGUCACAAAUAUAGACUAGCACAGUGGACUCCCUGAACCACCACCCAAACUUAGCAAACAUCAGCUUUAUUGCUGCUCUUGUUUGAUCUAUUGCCUCGUCCCCUCCAAUAUUUUUUUCUUUGACCAUUUAAAGCAAAUCCUAACCAUCGUAUUUCACCCAACAGAAUUAAUAUGUAGUCUGCUCAGUUUUCCCAUGUUGUCUCAAAAAUAUAUUUUGACUGUUUAUUUGUUCAAAUUAAGAUCUAAAUAAGAGCCACACUGUGCAUUUGAUUGAUAGGUCUUUUGUCUCUUGAAAUCUGUAACAGUUACCCUUUUUUCUGUGUUGAAAGGUGGGUUUUUUGUCCUGUAGAAUUUCCCACAUUUUGUAUUUCACUGCUCAUUUCCUCCCACUGUUGUUUAAAGGUUCCUAUCUCCCCAGUAUUUCCUAUAAAUGUGCAGUUACACAAAGAGCCUUGAUUAGAUUCAGGUGCGGUUGAUCUGACAUGAGUACUUCCUGAGUGACUCUGCAUCUUUGUUUUGCAUCAUAUCUAGAGGAACGUGACAUCUGGUGGUUCCACAUGCUGUGACUGAGCAAUGGGGUCUGUGGUGUCAGUCUGGUCUUUUCCAUUAUAAAGUACCCCACCAACCCUCCACCUGAUGGUUCUAGCAGCCAUGUCAGGGGUCCCUGAGACCACCCUCAUGUUUGAUGAUUCACAAGAUAGAUUCACAGAACUCUGAAGAGCUGUUAUACACAUCAUUCCUGUUUAUUUUAGUGAAAGGAUACAGAUUAAAAUCAGCAAACGGAGAAGGUGCAUGAGCGAAGUCCAGCAGAAAACAAGCACAAGCUUCCAGUUGUACCCUCAAUAUGAACCGUGCAUGUUUGAUUCUUUGACAUGGGAGGGGCCUUGCUCAUUCGGUAGAGAGAUUGUUCCUCCCAAGGCUAGCCAAUUCCUGGAGAGAGUAAAUGACUCAACUAUGACUGUUCCUUUCAUAUGUAAACCAACCAAUCUGGAGCCCAUACCCCAACCUCUCCUUUACAGGACGUCUCAUACUCUGGGCCAAUAUCCCAUACUCUGGGAUAUCCUCCUGCCCUAAUCACCGCAGGGCCAGGUACCAGAAAGCUAGGGACAGCCCCUAGGCCCCAGAGCCCGCUGAAAUUAUUCAAACUCGCCAGUCUGCUUACUCGGCCUUGCCCCUUCCUUCCCAUGGAGAUCACAAGGCUCUUACUCCACUUGAUCCCCUCCUUCCCCUCUGCCUCCUCACUGACCCUGGGCUUCCAGUGUGGCUCCCUGUGGUGUGCCAUGCCCCUUUUGGAAUCUGUAAGUAUAACAAGCUUUCUUGUCAAUGGCAGUCACCUCAUCUAUUGCCCUCACCAUACUUGAAUAAUAAUAAAACCUAUAUUUUAUAUUUUUUUAUCUUUUUUUUUUUUGGAGACGGGUAUCUUGCUGUGUUGUCCAGGCUAGUCUUGAAUGCUUGGGCUCAAACGAUCUUCCCACCUUGGCCUCCCACAGUGCUGGGAUUAUAGGCGUGAGCCACCACUUCGGGCCACCUAAAACCGAUAUUUUAAAACACUCCCCCAGUGGUGUCGCACAGACAGCACUUAAUCCUCCCAGCAAUGAUGUAUGGCAGUAUGUGCCAGGUGUUGCCAAUUAUAGAAGCUCACUGAGCCUUGGAUGCUGCUAACAUCGCAUGAUGCACAGGACAACUGCCCUGUCCCCACCUCCACUCCCCACAAAGAAUGAUCUGGCUCAAAAUGUCAGUCGUGCUGAAGUUAAGAAACCCUGCUUCCAACAAUUGUCUUUUAAAGUCACUUGAAAUAGUUCCUCUCUAGUUAUUGCUCCAAAUCUGUACAUAAUUUUACUUUCGUUUUUAGGGAUGCCUUUUUAAAAAUUAUGUAAAAUGUUUGUAUGAUUCCAAAGUUGAAACUAGUUUGGUUUUGUUUUUUAUUUUUUAUUUUUUUAUUUUUAUUUUUUUUUUUUUUGAGACAGAAUCUUGCUCUGUCAUCCAGGCUAGAGUGCAGUGGCGCGAUCUCGGCUCACUGCAAGCUCCGUCUCCUGGGUUCACGCCAUUCUUCUGCCUCAGCCUCCCAAGUAGCUGGGACUACAGGCGCCCACCACCACGCCCAGCUAAUUUUUUGUAUUUUUAGUAGAGACGGGGUUUCACCAUGUUAGCCAGGAUGGUCUCGAUCUCCUGACCUCAUGAUCCACCCACCUUGGCCUCCCAAAGUGCUGGGAUUACAGGCGUGAGCCACCGCGCCUGGCCCCCUUGUUUGCUUUUUAAAAAAUAGAAACGGGGUCUCACUAUGUUGGCCAGAUUGGUCUUUAAUUCCUGGCCUCAAACGAUCCUCCCAUCUUGGCCUCCCAGAGUGCUGGGAUUACAGGCAUGAGCCACCACACCUGGCUAGAACUAGUUUUCUUUGAAGAAAGGUACAUUCAGAGAGGUCUUUCAUCCUUGUCCCCUCCCUGGUUUUUUCUUCCCUCUAGCAGUAGUCAUAAAUCCAUAUCAUAUAUACAACAAUUUGUGUUUUUGCCACUGUAUCUUUUGGAUAGUCUUAGAAGUGGGAUUGUUGGGUCAAAGAUUAAAUAAACAUAUAAUUUUGCUUGAUUUAAAUAUAUCUUCUAAGUUCUAUUUCUAAAUACAAUGAAUCCAAAGAAAGCAAAGCACUGAACAGCAUUACAACUAUGCCAUUUAUAUUAAAAAAGCAUGAAAGAGGCCGGGCGCAGUGGCUCAUGCCUGUAAUCCCAGCACUUUGGGAGGCUGAGGCAGGCGGAUCACCUGAGGUUGGGAGUUCAAGACCAGCCUGACCAACAUGGAGAAACGUCGUCUCUACUAAAAAUAAAAAAUUAGCCGGGCAUAGUGGCACAUGCCUGUAAUCCCAGCUACUCGGGAGGCUGUCAGGAGAAUCGCUUGAACACGAGAGGCGGAGGUUGCGGUGAGCCAAGAUCAGGCCAUUGCACUCCAGCCUGGGCAACAAGAGCAAAACUCCGUCUCAAAAAAAAAAAAAGCAUGAAAGAUAUGUAAGUAACUGUUUAGCUUGUAUAUACUAAAGUAUCUCUGAAUCGACUUACAAGAAACCAGCCAUCAAACAGGAAAAAGGAUGGCUGGGGUCCAAGGAGUGGGAGGGAGACUUCUUACUGGAUACCCUUUUAAAAUUUUGAACCAUGUUAAUAUAUGUCUAUUUUUUAAAUAAAUUUUUUAAAUAAAAAUUAAUGGAAAAAGA